AGAGAAAGAGAGAGUGAGAGAUGGUUGUAAAGGAAGUCAAGGACUCUGAAGAAACUUCUCAGGGUUUACCUUGGUCGUCUCCACCGGUUCAAAAUUUCUAUUAAUGUAAUUCAAUGUUCUAACACUAACCCACCAUUUCUUUCUGGGAUUUCUCCAAAACCCAUCUUCCAAAUCCUCUCAAACUCUACGAAACCCUCCUCAAACCCUUCUCGAUCCCACUCUCACAACAAUGUCGUCGCUCGAGGCUCUUCAAAUGCCGUCCGCCAGGACCGUGGUAUCGACUGCUGCUUCCGUCGCCGCCAUCGCCAUGGUAGUCCGGUCAGUCGUUCGAGAAUACGUCCCUCACGAGCUUCAACAGCUAAUCUUCUUGAAACUCAGGAAGUUCACGAGUUCACUUUCUUCCCAGCUCACCCUGGUCAUUGAGGAGUUCGAUGGCCUCACCUAUAACCAUAUUUUCAAGGCUGCCAAGAUCUAUCUCAGACCCACUAAUGUCCCUUCCGAUGCGAAACGAUUCAGAGUCGUUUUGCCCAGAAAAGAAGACAACUUCGCAAUCUCCUUGGAUAGAAAUGAAGAGAUUGUUGACUCCUUUAAUGGGGUCAAACUGAAAUGGAGAAUGGUUUCGAACCAGAUCAGCUCUAAGUACGUCAGUAGUCCUGAUUCUGGGCCGUACAAUUCGAGCCUCAAGUCUGAGCAUCGGUUCUUUGAGUUGAGUUUCCAUAAGAAGCACAAAGAUAUGGUGAUUAACUCUUACUUGCCUCAUAUUUUAGAGGAGUCGAAGAAGAUGAAGGAAGAGUUAAAGACAUUGAAGCUUUUUUCUUUGCAGAACGGGAUGAUGCGAAUGAGGGGAAUGGACAUGUGGGAGGAUGUGAAUUUUGAUCAUCCAUCGACUUUCAAAACUUUGGCUAUGGAUUCAGAUAUCAAGAAGAAGAUAAUGACGGAUCUUGAGAGAUUUGUUGAGAGGAAAGAUUAUUAUAGGAAAGUUGGGAAAGCUUGGAAAAGAGGGUACUUGUUUUUUGGUCCUCCAGGAACUGGAAAGUCUAGCUUGAUUGCUGCCAUGGCAAAUUACCUUAAAUUUGAUGUCUAUGACUUGGAGUUGGCAAGUAUUAGGAGUAAUUCUGAGCUUAGGAAGUUGUUGAUUACGACGGCAAACCGGUCUAUUCUUGUUGUUGAGGAUAUUGAUUGCUCCAUUGAACUGCAGAACCGGCUUAGGAAAGCUAAGCCUAAUAGGAACCUCCAUCCAUCUACACAAAAUGAGGUGACUUUGUCAGGAUUGCUCAACUUCAUAGAUGGAUUAUGGUCUAGCUGUGGUGACGAGCGUAUCAUAAUACUCACAACCAACCACAAAGACCGUCUGGACCCUGCUCUACUGCGCCCCGGUCGAAUGGAUGUGCACAUCCACAUGUCAUUUUGCACCCCAUGUGGAUUCAAACUACUAGCCUCCAACUAUCUAGGGAUUACAGAGCACCAAUUUUUCUCAGAGAUAGAACAGUUGAUAGAGACAACAAAGGUGACUCCUGCUGAAAUAGGAGAGGAAUUGCUGAAGAUUGAGGAACCUGAAGCUUCACUGAGAGGUCUAAUUGAGUUUCUACAAAUGAAGAAAGGAAAAAUCUCUGAUGAAAGUAAAAAAUCUUUUGCUUUGAUUUCAUCAGGAUCAGAAAGUGGAGAAAACCCAGAAGGAUAGUAAAGUUGUAAAGAAGUCAAGAUAUAAUGAAAUCUAGAUAAAAGGUCAAAUAAAAUUACAUUAACAAGUUAGACAUAAACUGGCUGCUUCUUCAGCUUAUUAUGUUCUUUUAUUUUAUUCCUUCCACUGAUAGAAGACAAAAGAAUUUUUCUUACUAAACCCAAAGAUGAAAAAAAAAAAAUACUCUUUUUAGUGUUGGUGAUAAGAUGAAAAAAAAAAAAAAAAUACUCUUUUUAGUGUUGGUGAUAAGAGCACAAUAAAGGUGAAAAUUUUCUGUGUACAAUAGUGUAUUUGGAGUUACAUUGAACUUGGUAAUUUGGUGCCAUCCAUAGCAAACUAAGCCA